AUGGUCUUCGCAUCUACAAAGCCCCAGAUCGCCCCAUGCGACCCCACCGCCCCCUUGGCUCCCGCCGGACCCUCAAAUCCCGCCGAGCGUGAGGCCGGCCACGCCGCAGAUAGCGCGGGCGGUGGCGGGGGCCCGGCAACGGCGGCGGCCGGGGCGGGCGGCGGCGUCGCCGCCACUGCAGCAGCAGCGGCCGACGACGCUUUGGAGGAGAGCCACUGGGAGCUGGUGCUAGAGAGCACAAAGCUCACUCGAAUGCAGGCCCUGCUUCUCCUCACCCUGCUGCGCCACCACGGCUCAAAGCUGGCGGACCUCGCCGCCGAGCGCGCGCGCCUGUCGCUGCAGCUGCAGUCCUCGACGGCGCUGCCGCCGGCCGGCAUGUUUGCUCGCGGGGACGCGAGCCUGAGGCAGGUGGCGCUGGUGGAGGCGCUCGGCGCCAACGUGCGGCGCGAGCGGACGGCGGCGAUGGUCGGGAUGCAGGUGCUGCGCGCGGUGCUGGCGCCGGCGCAGUGGGCCACGUGGAUGGCCCUCAGCCCGUCGUGGCCCCCCGGCGCCGCCAAAUGCGGCGCGGCCCUCGAGAGAGCGCUUGCCCGCGGCCCCGAGGCGUUUGCGACCAGCGCUGUGUGA